GGGCGCAACGCGCGCAUGCCCUUCAGCCCUUGCGCUAGGCUGGACGUACGCCGCAGCAACUUACCUUAUCUUAACGUCCUGAAGAUUUCUUCAGUGGAGCUGCUUGCAAGUGCAACCAUAGAUACAAUGGACAAAGACGAAAAAAGCACUCUCUCCGACGGGCCAUCGAAGAAAGAUCAGCAUCCUAAAGGGAAAUUAAACACUGUGCCUUUAGGAGCUCGGCUUUUAAGCUAUUGUGGCAUCUUCAAAAUCUUUCCAACUAAGAGCUAUCGGCUCUACAUUCUAAUACUGACAUUCAUAUGCUAUGCAUCAUAUCACAUGUCAAGGAAACCUUUCAGUGUUGUAUCAAAUGUUCUAGCUCCAGGAUGCAAGCACCAUCACAGUGGAGGAGGAGGAGGAGAGAAUAAAAGUCACUUUGAAGACUUUCUUUUUCUGGGCGGCAACAAUAGUGUUUCCAGUAACGAAUCAUGUGAAUACAUUGAUGGAUGGCCACCAUUUAAUGGUAGCUAUUGCAAGACUGUUAUUGGAGCUGUAGAUUAUGCUUGGUUAUUCCCUUAUGCUAUUUUCAUGAUUGCAAGUGGGUUUAUAGCUGAUCGUGUCAAUUUACGCUAUUUUCUAACUGCUGGAAUGAUGGGGUGUGGUAUUCUUGUAGGUCUACUAGGCGUCUCCUACUUUGCUGGGAUUCAUUUUCUUCCUUUUUUCAUCAUUGUACAAGUUUUUGUUGGAAUUUUUGAGUCUACAGGUUGGCCAGCUAUAGUAGCAGUAAUGGGUAACUGGUUUGGUAAGAAGAACCGUGGCUUGUUAAUGGGUAUAUGGAAUGCCCACACAUCAGUUGGUAAUAUGCUGGGAAAUACAGUUCCUUCAAUAUGGGCAAAGCCUUGUCAUGAUUGGGGAUGGUCUUUUCUGGUUCCAGCAUUUGUAAUGAUUUUUGUUGGAUUAUUGAUGUUCUUCUUCCUAGUUCUUGAUCCCAAGGAUGUUGGCUUACCACCUCCUGAACAUCACCAGGCCAGGGAAGAACCUACAGUUAAGCCUUUGAAUGAUCCCAAAACAAGUGAAGGAAAAGAGGAAUCUAAAUCGUCUGAUGAAGAGCAUCGUCCUCUUUUAGGUUCUAUCCAAAAUGGUGGCAAGCCAAAAGCAAUCAGUUUAUGGAGAGCUGCACUUAUUCCUGGUGUGAUAGAGUUUGCCUUAUCUCUGUUCUUUGCAAAAAUGGUUGCUUACACUUUCCUCUUUUGGCUACCAUACUAUGUCAGAUAUCACACCAUUGGUGGACGCUACAUUGGAGAUCAGAAAGCUGAUUUACUAUCAAAUCUUUAUGAUGUUGGAGGGAUUGUUGGAGGUAUAGCUACUGGUGCUCUUUCUGAUGUCAUCAAUGCAAGAGCUGUAUCAUGUGUCAUAAUGAUGUACCUUGCUGUACCAACUCUGUUUGCCUAUCGCUUUGCUGGUGGCAUAUCACUUGGGACUACCAUUGCUCUAAUUCUAUUUUGUGGUCUAUUCAUCAAUGGUCCUUAUGCUCUUAUCACAACUGCUGUCUCUGGAGAUCUUGGCACACAUAAGUCACUGAAAGACAAUCAGAAAGCUAAAGCAACAGUAACUGCCAUCAUUGAUGGCACUGGAUCCCUGGGAGCUGCUCUUGGGCCACUAGUAACUGGUUUUAUAUCAGACCAGUUUGGAUGGGAUAGUGCCUUCUAUGUUCUAAUGGGCUCAUGUUUCAUUUCUUCACUUAUGUUAACUAGACUGGUCAUAAGUGAAGCAAAGUAUUUCUAUUGGAAAUUUUAUUCAAAGAGUCAAAAAAUAAGGUCAUUUCAUGCAAGUGCAAGGAAGAUCUUAGGACCUGUUCUACCGCUGUGUGAAAAGUGCUGCUGAUUCGAUAAAGCUAACAUUACUUUAGCUAUAAGACUUAUUAGUUAGGCGUGCCUGAAUAAAAAAAAAACUCUAUUUUUUUGGUAGCAUCAUUUAUAAGCUGCAUUAUAUAGGCUGUGUGGAUCUAUUUUUGACCUCGUUUUUGACAUAGUGAAUAGUUUUAACAUAGAUAAUAUUAUCUAUGGUUUUAA